AUGCCCCUCUUUCCCUGCCCCUGUUUGCUUUCUCAGCUUCCUCGCCCCGCAUCUUUGUACCUCUUUACUUCUUCCCUGAAGCCUUUUGGUCACCCCUCUUUUUCGGCGUUCAUUUCCCCCGGAGGAGAUACUCCUUUUCGAUCCUCUCCUAGCCAACCUUCCCUCUAAACUUCUACAUUGUUUUUGUUUAAAGGUGUCAGGUUUCUUUCCUUUUUAUCCAGAAAAUGCAACAACCCUUUUCUCCCUCCUUGGGCGCUCUCCCUGCCUGCCCCUAAGCCUAGACCGGCGGAGGAGAGGGGAGGGAUGGCAGUCUCUCCCAAGGGGGUGCGCCACCUUUCCCCUCAUCCUGCCAACAACUGACGGAGCUUGGCCGUCCUGAUGCCGCCUGAGCUUCGCCUUUCUAAUCUUACUGGCAUGAGAGCAGGAUCCCACCAGCUUCCAAGCCUGCUGACGUCCCGGUCUGCUAGGGCACAGCCUCUGAUGCUCCCUUCUCCGCUGUUCCUCCUCUCCUCACCUGGAGGUGUUUUGACACAGAUGUCGAAAAGAACUUACAGAGUAACCACAGGGACUCCUGAUACAUGUCCUCGGGCUGGUAAAGCAACCUCAGAAGGGCCCAGCUGUAUUGGCGUAAUUUGCUUGGAUUAUUUUACAGAUGAAAACAGAGUACUAAAAAAGGACCCUCAACAGGAUUACCAUCUGGAAUAUGCCAUGGAAAACAGUACACAUACAAUAUUGGCUUUUAGCAGAGAUCUGCACACUUGUGACACAAACGACAAGAGCAUAACGGAGAGCACAGUGCGGGUAAUCUGGGCUUACCACCACCAAGACAUGGGAGAAGCAGGUCAAAAUUACCAUGGAUCUAAUCGUGGAACAAAGAGCCUACGUUUGCUAAAUCCUGAGAAAGAAGAAGUCUUAUCUGCCUCUCUGCCAUACUUUGACUUGACAAACAAAGACGUGCCUGUACCAGACAAGGAUACAACAUACUGGUGCCAAAUGUUUAAGAUUCCCAUACAACAUGAAAAGCAUCAUGUGACAAAGGUUGAGCCAUUGAUCCAGAAAGGCCAUGAGAAUCUGGUGCACCAUAUUCUGCUCUACCAGUGCAGCAGCAAUUUGAAUGACAGUGUGCUGGACUAUGGACAUGAAUGUUACCACCCCAACAUGCCAGACUCUUUUCUCACAUGUGAGACAGUCAUUUUUGCCUGGGCCAUUGGAGGAGAGGGCUUCACGUACCCUCCACAUGUUGGCUUAUCCAUUGGCACAGCAUCUGACCCUCUGUUCGUUCUUAUGGAGGUGCAUUAUGACAAUCCAUCGUACACAGAAGGCUUGAUAGAUAACUCUGGUCUAAGGCUAAUUUACACUCCAGUUUUAAGGAAAUAUGAUGCUGGGGUUAUUGAAGCUGGUCUUUGGGUCAGUCUCUUCCACAAUAUCCCACCAGGCAUGCCUGAAUUUGUGUCAGAGGGUCACUGCACGCUGGAAUGUCUGGAAGAGGCUCUAGGUGCUGAGAGACCUGCUGGGAUUCAAGUGUUUGCGGUGCUUCUUCAUGCACAUCUUGCUGGCAGAGCUAUCAGGAUGCGCCACUUCCGUAAUGGCGAGGAGCAGAAGCUACUUGCUUACGAUGAUGAGUUUGACUUCAACUUCCAGGAGUUUCAGUAUCUGAAAGAAGAAAGAACCAUCUUGCCUGGAGAUAAUUUAAUCACAGAAUGUCACUACAAUACUGUGGACCGAAUUCGCAUGACAUGGGGUGGUCUGAGCACCAGGAAUGAAAUGUGCCUAUCAUAUCUACUCUAUUACCCAAGAAUCAACCUCACCCGAUGUGCGAGUAUUCCAGAUAUAAUGGAACAGCUCCAGUUCAUUGGUGUUAAGGAAAUCUAUAGACCAGUCAGGACUUGGCCUUUCAUUAUCAAGAGUCCUAAGCAAUAUAAAAACCUAUCUUUUAUGGAUGCAAUGAACAAAUUCAAAUGGUCCAGAUCAGAGGGUCUGUCCUAUAAUAAACUUGUACUUAAGCUACCUGUGAACGUGAGGUGUUCAAAAACAGAUAAUGCAGAAUGGUCGAUCCAAGGCAUGACAGCUUUACCACCUGAAAUAGAGAGACCAUACAAGACAGAGCCAGUAAUAUGCAGCUCAUCUUCCUGUUUAAGUUGCAGUUUAUUCCUCACCCUGUUGUUUGUGGUACACAUCACAGCCAGUAGCAUAAGAAACAUUGGGCUCUUUGUAUAAUAAUUUUUAUCCAUUUGUGUUCUGUAUGCCAUGCAAGUUCUGAUGUGUUUGCACUGUUGCUAUUGUAGAUUUAUUUUUUUACAUAUUAAUAAAUGAAAUUUGCCAGUUCAAAAUAAAAUGUGUACAUCCUCUGGAAACUGUGGGUUUUUUGGUUUUCGAUGUAAAGUAUGUAUGAAACACAGUAGGUGCACUGACACAUUGCAUAUAGAAAUCUUUUCCUGUACCAUUUUCUUAUACUUUGACUAUUUCACAUGGUGCUUUCAAAGUCAUCUAUGUAUAUGGGUGAAAUUAAUAAACUAAACGCAACCUA